AUGUCCUCUGCACGCUUUAUGGCAAUCGCCAAGUCCCGUGUGGCAACUACCACGCCGAGAUCUAUCAUUGCUAUUCGGGGUAUCUCUUCGACUGCUAGACUGGAGAAGAGCCCAGUCGAGGCUACAAAGGAUACUCUUAAGAAAGCCGAUCGGGUUGUUUCCGAUGCUGCAGUGAAGGGCAUCAACAAGGGUGGCGCUAAUGUUGGACCUUGUUGCAUUGUAGAUGAAGCUGCCCACAAAAUCAAGGAUGCCGUCGGCGGCGUCGCGCAGGAGGCACAGUCAAAGGCCGGAGAUGUAAAGGGGAACGCAUCCGAGUACGAGGGUAAAGUCAAGGGAACUGCAGAGGAGGCCGCAGGCAAGGCUAAGGGAAAGGCAAGUGAGGCCGCUGGCAAGGCUAAGGAGCAUCUCGGCUGA